CGUGAACCCUCGCGCUGUCACUCGUCCCUGCAUGCAGUGCGCUGUUACUAUUCCUGGGACCCACUACGCGCUAGCGCCGAAUCCGCGGCAGCAGCGACCGCGCUCGAUUUUCGAGUUCGAAGUCUUGGCAACUGUGCUCCACCAAAAAGUAUCAUCACACAUCCACGCGCCGCACCUCCACCGUCGCAGCCAUGGGUGUCCAGAAGAAGACGCGCAAGUUUGCGCAGAUGAAGAGGGUUAUUGGCCAGAAAGACGGACGCCUCAAGAAAAACCAAACCGACGGCGACCUCGAAGCCAAAAAGAAAGCCGCCGCCGAAGUCGCCAAGCGCGAAAUCCCGCAAGCCUCGUCCGCGCUCUUCUUCCAAGCCAACACCGCCCUGGGCCCGCCGUACUCGGUCCUCGUCGACACCAACUUCCUGUCGCACACGGUGCACGCGAAGCUCGAGCUCGACAAGGCGCUGAUGGAUCUGCUGUACGCCAAGGCCACGCCCAUCAUCACCACGUGCGUCAUGGCCGAGCUCGAGAAGCUGGGGCCCAAGUACCGGAUUGCGCUCAGGAUUGCGCGGGACGAGCGGUGGGAGCGCUUGAAGUGUGACCACAAGGGCACGUAUGCGGAUGAUUGCAUUGUGGAGCGGGUUAUGAAGCAUAGGGUGUAUCUCGUGGCGACGAAUGAUCGCGACUUGAAGAGGCGGAUAAGGAAGAUUCCCGGUGUGCCGAUUGUGAGUGUGGCCAAGGGGAAGUACGUUAUCGAGCGGUUGCCGGAUGUGGCGGACAGCCGGUGAGGAGCGUGGUUCUUGCAUAGCGCGGCGUUUGGGUUGGGCACGGCUCGCGGCGAGUCGGAAUGGGAUCAAAAGACAAAAUUGCGCGGCGAAUUCAUGCAUAUCACA